UUUGAUCGUUGAAUGGAUUCACUGAAGAAGAAGAGGAAGAGUAUUAUAUAAAAAGGGAGCAGCCUCUUCCUCUUCGCGAAUCCUCAACUGUCUCUCCGUGUUAAACUCGCGUUGAAGAAGAGCCUCCCCCUCCCCCACCCUCCCUCUCUCCUCUUCCUCCUCGUCCCCGCAGAAUCAAAAUCCACAGCAAGCAUUGAUUCCCACACCCCCCCACUUCUCUCUCUCUCUCUCUCUCUCUCUCUCUCUCUCUGCCUCUGGCUCCAUUAAAGGACCCUCCUUUGAGCUCUCCCUCCCUCUCUCACCCCGAAAGUCGCCCUUUUUCUCCUGCCCUUUUGCGCUUCCCAUCGAGCGGUAGAUUCUGUCUUCUGGUCAGAUCCCGUCUAUUGUUCCCGCCCCUAAUCAAGACCAACCUUUGAAGGGGUUGGUCUCCGCUGGGGAUCUGAUUGACUGCUGGCGAAUUUAGGGGGAGAGGGCAUUCUAUGAUAAUGAAGAAUGUUGACUUUCGUAUCGGUUUCGUCGUGAAGUACUAUGUGACUUGCUAGUAACAGGCCAAGAAGAAGGACAUCUUUGACACCGAAAUAACAAAACAACAUGACCCUUUACAUUGGUCGCGAAACUUCCAAGCUUUGGAAGAGAAUCUGCGCAGAGACAACCGCAGAGAUCAGCCUCCUCGCCGAGAAUUGGAGAUACAUCCUUGCUGGUCUAAUCUUUCAGUACAUACAUGGUCUUGCCGCUCGAGGAGUCCAUUAUUUACAUAGGCCAGGGCCUACGCUUCAGGAUGUUGGGUUCUAUUUACUUCCGGAACUUGGACAGGACAAAGCUUACAUCAGCGAAACUGUCUUCACCUUUGUCUUCUUAUCUUUUGUCCUGUGGACCUUCCAUCCUUUCAUCUUCAAGACCAAGAAGAUCUACACAGUUCUUGUGUGGUGCAGGGUUUUAGCUUUCCUAGUGGGUUCCCAAUUUCUUCGAAUCAUUACAUUUUAUUCUACACAGCUUCCCGGUCCAAAUUAUCAUUGCCGCGAGGGCUCAAAGCUAGCUCGGCUUCCUCAUCCGCAGAGCGUUUUUGAAGUCCUCCUCAUUAACUUUCCUCGGGGAGCUAUAUAUGGCUGCGGCGAUCUGAUAUUUUCGUCACACAUGAUCUUCACCUUAGUCUUUGUCCUCACAUAUCAGAAAUAUGGCACGAAAAGGUUUGUGAAGCAGGUCGCAUGGCUUAUUGCUGUAAUUCAGAGUUUUCUGAUCGUAGCUUCUCGGAAACACUACACUGUUGAUGUUGUGGUCGCAUGGUACACCGUGAACUUGGUGGUGUUCUUCAUCGACAAGAAAUUGCCUGAACUCCCUGAUCGUACGAGCGGAUUAUCUCCACUGUUGCUGCCCAUGAGUGUCAAGGACAAGGAUGGGAGGAACAAGGAAGAGAAUCACAAGCUCUUGAACGGGAAUUCGGUGGACUCUUCUGAUUGGAGACUGAGGACUCCCGUCAAUGGAAAGAUCUUGGAAGACGGGAACAACCCACAUGAUAACGCGAUGAACGGUGCUUAGAUGGAAACUACGCUGCCAUGAUUCAACGAGGGGAAGCUGCUACUGCUGCUGCUGCUGGUUUGAAAUUUUUACAGCCUAACGGGUUCGAGUGGGGGUCGGACAACUGUGACUUGUAAUUUACGCUGGUUGGUUGAUAAAUGCAAAAUUGUAGGGCUAAGUUUCGCUUCAAUCUCGGGCCAAAACCGUCCAUCACCAUCAUCACUGAUGGAGUUCCGACAGUCUUCCUUCUGCCCAUGUUUCGGUACAGGGGGAAUGGAACAGAGUCUCGGCGCCAAGCCCGGGUAGGGUAGCUUCCGGUCCAAAUCAUGGAACGGGGCAAACAGUGAAUUUGGAAGCAUUUGCUACCUGCUUGCAAUUGAAUAUAUAUAUAUAUAAUGCAAAUGGCCGAGAUAAUGAGUCAUAAAAAAAGCGAAGAAAGAAACUGCAGAGCACGAGGGAGCAUGUGCCUCGUUAGUCCUCCAUUGAACUGUCAUGUGCUCUGUUCCUGUUUCUUUUAUUAUGGAUGAGCGAAAGUUUCGUGCUC